GGAGAGAAACUGGAAAGCCUGGUGCGCUUCUAAGUGCAGAGGCCCUACUCUUUAGCCGAGCUCUGGGAUUCGGUUGUGGGAGAAGGGGGCCUCACACAGCUGGAAACCCUGCAGUCCAGCCGGAGCGAACGCCCGCCGGACGAACCAGGGGAUUGGCUGACACGACCCUGCUUCCAGCCAAUCACGUUGCUCUCUCGGGCGCGUUUCUAAUACCGGAAGAGACCGGCUGGAGGUCCGCCUCCUGCAACACGCGUUUCGGCUUUAUUCCUAUCCCCACCUACUUCCGGUCCCUGUGGCGUUUUGGUUGUUUGGGCGCGAAUUCCUGUAAGUGCGGUUUUCAGACACGUUCAAGAAGAAUCAGUCGCGUUUUUUAAAAGCAAAACUGUACUGUUUAGAUCAAGAUGCCUGGUAAAGCAAAUGCUUCCAAGAAAACGUCUCAACAAUUAAAAAAACCUUCAAAAAGAAAAAUUGAUGAAGUGGAGUUGUCAGAGAAACAGGUUAGAAGCACAAUAAAAAGAAGUAAAAGUCAUCCAAAGCACAUGUCUUCUGAAGGACAAACAAAUACUACUAAUCUAAAGCAGAUAAAGAUAGCAUCCAACAAGAGAAAAACCUGGCAGCCUCUUUCAAAGAGUGUGAGGGAGCAUUUGCAAACGAUGAUGGAAGCAGUAAUAAUAGCAAUUUUGAGUAAUAAUAUUAAAGAAAAAGAAAAAAUUCAGUAUCAUCUCAACUGCCUGAAGAAAAGGUUGCUACAACGGUGUGAAACCCUGAAAGCCCCUCCCCAAAAACUGAAAUAUUUAACUAAUGUGACAAGUCUACUGAAAAUGGAAAGAACACAAAACAGAGAUAAUGAAGAAGGGCUGGCAUUAUUGCAGGAAGAAAUAGACAAAAUAAUACAGACUACAGAGUUGGUGACUGGGAAUAUUCAGAGUCUGAAAAAUAAAAUUGAAAUUCUGGCACAUGAGAUAGAGGAAGAGGAGGAAAAGGCAAAAGAGAUGCUUCCACUGGAUAGACGUAACAUACUUUCUCUCCCAGAACUUUCUCAGCACAGUCUGAAAGCACCCACACUGCAGAAAGAAGUUUUGAUGCAAAUUCCAAACCAGAAUGUUCUUCUAAAAGACUUGGAUGUUCUUCAUAAUUCAUCCCAGAUGAAGAGCAUGUCAGUGUUCAUUGAAGAAGCUUAUAAGAAACUAAGUGCCUCUUAGAGAAUUUUUUUACAUUGUUUCCUAUUAAUUUAAUGUUUAUAAAUUUGUAAAACUAUUAACCUAUGAUGUUACAGAGGCUGAAGCUUCUGCAGGAUUUAUGAUCCUCUAAUAUGCACUUUAAAAUUGGCCUAUGUGGGCCUAUCAUUAGCAUCUAAUGUAGUCCUAAAUACUGUUUUUAGCAGUUGCGAAGUCUAGAAAAUCAAUAUUUAUAUUGGUGUACUGCAGUUAUUUGCCUAAAACAUAUGGUGGGAAUAGCUAGGAUAGCUAGUUUGUGACGGCUACUUGGAGCUUACCUGUUGUUGGCACAGAGGAGUUAUGAUGCUGGGACAUUGUAUGUGUGAAGUGCCUGUGUGUAGAGCUUACAGAAUAGAAACGUGUUUACAUCACUCAUUCUGUAGCUGAGAGCUUGCUUUGAAAAAUCCCCGAGUGUCCCUACCCUUACCUAACUCCCUAAUCUUGUUCAAUAGUUAAAGUUUUCUGGGUUCCUUCAGCUUUGAAAUUGGCGUUAAGUUUUUAUUUCAUUUAUUUCCUACUGUCAUCAAAGCAUACUCUUAAGAAAACUAUUAAAAAGGAAUCUAAGCACAUUUAUUCCCUUAAAACAAACGAAAAAACUGUUUUGAGAACACCCGUUGCAUGAGAACUAGCCACCAAAGGUUCUUGCUCUGAGAAACGAAAGAAGGCAGACAGCUGGGUCUGGUGGCACAUGCCUGUAGUCCCAGCACAUGGGAGGCGGGGGCAGGAGGAUCUCUGCAAG